AUGUCAGACCAUAUCCUGAAAACGUUAUUGCAGAAGUCAAUCCAGCAUUCUCCUAAAAGGGAAACUUUUCCAGCCCCAGAAACACAAUGAAGUGAUUCGCUUCGCAAAAAAUCUCCUGAGUUCAAAUUUUCCUACCACUAUUUAUACUUUUUCAUAUAAAUCGAAAACUAAUUGAUAUUUUAAUAAAUAGGAUGCUAUAUUAUCUGAAAUAAUAAGUUUGUCUGCAUAUAGAAUACUAAAUCACUCCCCAAAUCACUCUCCCAAUCGAUCUCGUAGUCAGUCCCCACGAUCUCCUAGAAAAAGCUCUGAAAUCCCAAAACCUGAAAAGAAGCCGGGAAAAAAGACUGAAUCAGCUGAUCUUGAUAAGCUUCUUGAAGAAAUGGAAGGUUUAAAAAAACAAAUUACUGUUAAAAAAGCGGAAAAAGUUACGAGAAUUGAGUCCAACACAAAUAGAUCUCAAGGGCUAUUAAAAGAGCAAAAGUCUUCAAGAAAAUCUGAUAUGGAUGGAAUAAUGAGUACAGCUGCUUCAAAGAGUCAGUGAUCAACUCCUGGGAACGAUUUCCUGUCAAAAUCUCCGAAUAAAUCUCUUGAGGAUCAAAUUGUUCAAUUAUCUCAUAGGCAAAAGGCGGCAGAAAUUGAGUUUAAUUCUAGGAAAAAUCUUAUAGAAAAUGAAAUUUACAGAUACCAAGAAAUGUUUAGCAAAGAGCUUACUAGUUAUGAAGAGGACAAAGUAAUUUUUACUUACUUUCUGAGUAGGACUAUUUAGUUCUUCCUGUUUUUUUUUGUCACAAUUAACCGUUCAUUUUUUUAAAAAAAUAUUCAAAGCAUUAAUUUUAUGUUGAAAAAAUAAUUAUUUUAGUAUUUCAUUUACCAAAAUUUAGCUUAAUUAGAAUUUCAAUUAAUUAUAUAUGAAAAAAUACACUUAUUAAUGUGUAAGCAGGCUAUAGUCAAUUUAAUUAUCUUUUCUAGAAUUUAAAGAAAGGAAAGCUAGAAAAAAUGAGAAGAAAAGGUGCAAACGCUAAAGCAAAAAAUUGCUAGGCAAAGCCAGUCUGAAUUUAACGAAGAUUUCAGCCACCUUUCUUUGCAAGAAGAGAAUAAAAGGCUCAAAGAAAUUAUAAAAGGAUACAAAUCUGAGGAGCAGGACUAUCUUCAAAAACUUCAAGAAGAGAUAAACAGUAUAAAGCAGAGGCUUGAAAUAAAUGAAAUGUAUACACAACAAUUGCUGGAAAUAUGCAAAUAA